UCCUCCUUGAUCAUCCCUUCCACUCCCAUGGAGCUCAAUUCCUCCUCCAAUUCCGUCAACCACGGCGAAAUGGAGCACCAGAUCCUCCAUCUCAGCAACGGCGCUAUCAUCACGCUCAUCGUCAUGGUGAUCCUCACAUUCAUCUCACUGCUCGGGCUCCUGGGCCUCUACUUCCUCUGCCCGCGCCGCCGCCUCAACGUCGUGCUCAGCCGCUCCGCCGCCGCCGCCAACCUCGCCCACAUCCACAUCCACGCCGCCGCCGCUCAUCGCCCCAAGCCCGGGCUGGAGCCCCACGAGAUCAACAAGCUCCCGCUCCUCACUCUCCAAGACCUCCUCUCCAAAUCUUCCAAGAACCGCGCUGGCGCUGGCGGCGGCGUGGGAUGCUGCGCGGUGUGCCUGGCGGAAUUCUCCGAUGACCAGCCAGGCGACGAGAAGAUCCGGUUCUUGCCGCGGUGCAGCCACUGCUUCCAUCCCCACUGCGUCGAUGUGUGGCUCCAGACCUCCGCGUCCUGCCCUCUCUGCCGUUGCGCUGUCCACCAAGAACCGAGACGAGAGGAGGAAGAAGAAGAAGAAAAUCACCGCCAAGAUCAGGAUUUAACGGGACGAGAACCAGCCGACGAUUCCAACCCUGCAAUCGCUCAAUCCUGAUGAGAUCCUGAUCUACGGGCCUAGCAGAGGAAGAUUCUUCUCUCUUUUCAAGCGCAUCAAGCUCUUGCUUUUCAAUUUUC